CAUUGUUUACGGGAUUUAAAUCACUGUAAUCUUAGAAAAACCAGGAAAAAUAUAUUUCCUUUUUUAGUACAUUUAUCAUUUAUGUUGAUGUGUGUGUGUAAUUUUAUGGUUACACUUACAAGAAAAUAAAUGAUGCAAUUUCAGCAACAGCAAGGGCAAUCUCGGAAUUGCAUAGUCUUGCGGUGGUCUUGUCUCUCGUCUUUUAGAAAUCAAUUUCCCGUGACGAUUUUCCACCGUUCGAUUAGAUGGGUCCCACUCAGAAAAGAUCGAACGACCAGGAGUUUGACAGCUACAGAAAAAACUGGACCCACCUUAUGAGUCGCCUCUUCUUCUUCUUAAACUUGAACUAAACCCUUAAUUUUCGAUUAAUUACACAACGACCACUCACUUUCGUCGAGGCGGGGCGAUCCCUUUCUCAGGCGGGAGUCGGUCACUUCACUUAUCUUCGUUCGGAUCUCAAAAAUUUCUCCAAAUCCCCAGGUUUCUAUUCUCUCUUAUUCUGAUCUGUUCAAUCUCGCAGGAAUCUGCUUCCGGUGGUUCCUCAAAAGGCCGAGUGAGCUGGAAAGAUGGCUGGCCAAAACCAGCGCUUGAAUGUGGUUCCGACCGUUACAAUGCUCGGUGUCAUGAAAGCCCGUCUCGUCGGGGCUACGAGAGGUCACGCUCUCCUCAAGAAGAAGAGCGACGCCCUAACCGUGCAGUUCCGGUCUAUCCUGAAGAAGAUCGUAUCCGCCAAGGAAUCCAUGGGAGAUAUCAUGAAGACAUCCUCGUUUGCCCUGACCGAGACAAAGUACGUUGCGGGCGAGAAUGUCAAGCACGUUGUCCUCCAGAGCGUCAAAGAAGCCUCGCUGAAAGUCCGAUCCCGGCAAGAAAACAUCGCGGGGGUCAAGCUACCGAAGUUCGAGUACUUCUCCGAAGGAGAGACGAGGAAUGACCUGACGGGUUUAGCCAGAGGCGGGCAGCAGGUGCAGGCCUGCCGAGGCGCCUAUGUGAAAGCCAUAGAAGUUCUCGUGGAACUUGCUUCGCUCCAGACGUCGUUCUUGACGCUGGACGAGGCGAUCAAGACGACGAACAGAAGGGUCAACGCCCUCGAGAAUGUGGUGAAGCCGAGGCUGGAGAACACGAUCAAUUACAUAAAGGGGGAGCUGGACGAGCUCGAGAGAGAGGAUUUCUUCAGGCUGAAGAAGAUUCAGGGAUACAAGAAGAGAGAAAUCGAGCGGCAAGUGCAAGCUGCCAAGGCUUUUGCAGAGGAGAUGGUCUUGGAGGAUAUCGCUCUGAAGAGAGGCAUUUCCAUCAAAUCUGCUCACAACUUGCUUGUUGGUGACCCAGACAAGGAUGAAGACAUUAUCUUCUGAGUUCGGUCUUUUUUUUUUUUUUUUUUUUUUUCCUGCUUGGACAUAUAGUCUGUCUCAUCAGAAAUAUUUCGUCAAAUAGAGGGUUGAUGUCUUGUAUAUCAGUUACAUUAUUCCUUGAUAUUCUUUGCCUUAAAACGUUCCAUAAACAGGUUUUUCUUUUUU